GGCCCAAGCGGCCACCAUCCUCGAUGGGGGAGGCGUGGUCCUCGCUUUUCCUUUUUCGUCUUUGCACACUUCCGCCCUUCUACAAGAGGCACGAGAUUCCAUCAUGGGUUGGGAAGAAAUCUCUGUGCACGGAUACGAGGAGUUCGUUCGGGUCGCCCGCGAACAGGAACAGCGCGGCCAAGUAUUCGUGUAUUUUAGCGGUGACAAAGAUCCAGACAGCGGUACUAGUUGGUGCCCAGAUUGUGUUAAGGCUGAACCCAUUGUACGAGCUGAACUCCCAAACGUGCCAGAUGGAUCUAUAUUCAUUUACUGCCAAGUAGGACCCAGAAACUACUGGAAAAAUCCCAAUAACGAAUUCAAGAAGAAUCUUAAGUUAACUGGUGUGCCUACACUUCUCAAAUAUGGAACUCCUCAGAAGCUGGUGGAAGAAGAUUGCUUUAAAUCUGACCUUGUGCGAAUGCUAUUUACAGAGGACUGAGUAAUUGAAGCUAUUACCAGCAGAGGAAGUGCUUUUAGAUGAAACCAUUGUGUCAAACAGUACGUGAAUAAAUCUGUAAUCUAAGCCAUCAAAUUUAAAUAAAAUCACUGUAAAACUGGA